AUGUCGAAAGUAACGCUAAAUCCGUUAAAAAUAUUCGAUAUGAAGGAUCAUGUCGUUGUAAUUCUCAAUAGUCCAUCGAUUUGGUCUGAAGUAUGGAAGCAAAUUUGGAAUGAUUCACGAAUAAACGUUUGUGCUGAUGGUGCAGCAAAUAAACUAAUGGAGAUGACGAAACAUGGUGAUUAUAAAAUGCCUAAAAAAAUAGUUGGUGAUUUUGAUUCUAUAAAUAAAGGAACCAAAGAAUAUUUCAUCGAACAAGGUGUUAGCCUUAUUCAUGUGCCCGAUCAAAAUAGUCCCGACAUCUUAAAAAGCUUAAAAAAUGCUCUCAUUGAUGCAGAUAUUGAUAAGCAUGAAUAUGUGGUCAUAUUGGGCGGCUUAUGUGGUCGUUUGGAUCAUACAUUUCAAACUGUAUCAAUAUUGAUAAGAUUCUACAAGGAGUAUCAGCUCGAUAAUGUUUUUGUUUAUGAUGGAUGCAAUCUUCUAACAAUCAUUAACGAAGGAGAAACUGAACUAGAUUUUUCGGAUCAUCCAGAGUUUUUGACGAAAAUGUGUGGUGUUAUUCCAAUAUGUCAGCGAGAAACAAUCGUCACAUCAACUGGUCUUCAGUACGAUAUGGAUAGUCGUCAACUAGCAUUUGGACAUUUGGUUAGCAGUUCGAAUCGAAUUAUGGAGGACAAGGUUACCAUAAAAACAAAUGCACCGGCUAAUCAAACUUUUGAUCAUUGCAUUUCUUAUGUUAACAGCUUAUAG